AUGGAUGGAGUGAAUCACUCAGUUGUGUCAGAGUUUGUAUUCCUGGGACUCACCAAUUCCUGGGAUAUCCAACUAGUCCUCUUUGUGUUCUCUUCCAUGUUUUAUGUGGCAAGCAUGAUGGGAAACUCUCUUACGGUGUUCACUGUGGCUUCUGAUCCUCACUUGCACUCCCCUAUGUACUUUCUGUUGGCUAACUUGUCCUUCAUUGAUAUGGGUGUUUCUUCUGUCUCCUCUCCCAAGAUGAUUUAUGAUCUUUUUAGAAAACACAAAGUUAUCUCAUUUAGGGGGUGCAUCACUCAAGUCUUCUUCAUCCAUGUUAUUGGUGGUGUGGAGAUGGUGUUACUCAUAGUCAUGGCCUUUGAUAGGUAUAUAGCCAUAUGUAAACCUCUCCAUUAUCUCACCAUUAUGAACCCAAGAAUGUGCAUCUUAUUCUUAGUGGCUGCCUGGAUGAUUGGCCUUACACAUUCUCUGGUUCAACUGGCUUUUGUUGUAAACUUACCUUUCUGUGGCCCUAAUGUGUUGGACAGCUUUUAUUGUGACCUUCCUCGGCUCAUUAAACUUGCCUGUACAGAUACCUACCAACUGGAAUUAAUGGUCACAGCCAACAGUGGAUUCAUCUCUCUGGGCUCUUUCUGUAUACUGAUCAUUUCUUAUAUCAUCAUCAUUCUCACUGUUCAGAAACACUCUUCCACUGGUUCCUCCAAGGCUCUGUCUACACUUUCUGCUCACAUCACUGUGGUAGUCUUGUUCUUUGGUCCUUUGAUAUUUUUCUACACAUGGCCAUCUCCUUCUACACAUGUGGAUAAGUUCCUGGCUUUUUUUGAUGCAGUUCUUACUCCUUUUCUGAAUCCUAUCAUCUACACAUUCAGGACUCAAGAAAUGAAGGUGGCAAUGAAGAGAGUAUGCAGACAGAUAGCAAGUUAUAGAAAGAUAUCUUAA